GAACUGAUGAAUUAUUAUACAUCAGUUCCACUGUCUAACGUUACAAGUCCCGUUUAAUAACGUGUGUUAACGAAUGUCACACAAUCAUUGCUUGCUGAUGGACCUGUACGACCCUCAGACGCUGGGCCUGGUGGUGUUCGGGGGCUUCAUGGUGGUGUCGGCGCUCAGCAUCGCGCUGGUCUCCUCCCUCUCCAUGAAGGAGACGUCGUACGAGGAGGCGCUGGCCAAGCAGAGGCGGGAGCAGGGGGGCGCGCCCCCCCCCGCCUCGCGCGCCGAGAGGAAGAGGAGGGAGCGGCAGCUGGAGAGGAAGAGCCGGGCCAAGAGGAAGGACGGGGACAAGCCCAACGGCACUGCCGGGGAGCCCGCCGGCCAAUGGGAGCCUGCGCCUGUCCUAGACCACGCCCCCACCCCUGACCGCACCCCCACGCCUGUCACUGAACCGGAACCGGAACCGGAGCCCGAACCGGAACCCCAGCCCCCCGUCGUUGCUGUGGAAACGACCCCUGUCGCCGCCCCCGAACCCGAACCCGAACCCCAGCCGCCUGUCGUUGCCGUGGUUACAGCCCCGGUCCUGGCCCAAGCUCCCCCCGCCGCCCCCUCCCCCAAAGAGCGGAAGAAGAAUAAGAAAGCAGCCAAACAAGAGCCUGCCGCCCCCGCCAAACCCGCCCCCACCCAGGCUCCCCCCGCCCCCGCCAAACCCUCCCCUUCUCCCCCCGCCCCCGCCGAACCCACCCCCGCCCCGCUGCCUGUGGUCGAGGAGCUGUCCGUCAUGGCCCUGCAGCCAGUGGGGGCGCUGCAGAGCCCGCCCCCGGCCACGCCCACUCCUGCCCCCACCCCGGCCAAGGCUGAGGAACCCAGGGCUGUGGCACCACCGAAGAAGAGAGGGUCCUCCAAGAAGAAGGCGGAGCCAGCCCCCGCGGCCCCCCCAGCCCCCGCGGCCCCCCCAGCCCCCGCAGACCCAGCCGAUGCCCCGCCCCCUCUGCCCUACAAGACGCUGCUGAGCACGUUCAGUAGCACGGCGCUCAGUGAAGGCGACGCCCAGAGGCUCAUGGAGGUUCUGUCUGAGAAGGCCGGCAUCGCCCACGACACCUGGCAGAGGGCGGUGCAGAAGGGGGACCCCGUCUCCGUGCUGAAGAGGCAGCUGGAGCAGAAGGAGAAGCAGUUGGCAGCUGAGCGGGAAGAAGCUGCGGCCGCCAAGACCCGGCAGAGAGAGCUGAGCAAGGAGCUGGGAGCGGAGAAGUCUCGGCUGGCGGGCGUGGAGACGCGGCUGAGCUCUGAGCUGAGCGUGCGCGAGCAGGAAAUGAUGUCACUGCAGGCGCGCAUGCAGGCCAGCUACCAGGACCAUGUGACCGAGACGCAGCAGCUCAACGCCAAGAUCCAGGCCCUGCAGGAGCAGCUGGAGGACGGGCCCCCCGCCCAGCUGGCCCGCCUGCAGCAGGAGAACUCCAUCCUGCGGGACGCCCUGAACCAGGCCACCAGCCAGGCCGAGAGCAAGCAGAACGCAGAGCUGGCUAAGCUGCAUCAGGACUGUGCGCGGCUCAGUGGAGAGCUGGGGGAGCGCCGCCAGGCCCUGCAGGCCCAGGAGACGCUCCGAGAGGGCGCAGAGAAACAGCUGGGCCUGCUGCAGGCCGGCUGGGCGCAGACUGAGCGCGCUCUGCAGGAGCGUCUGGAGGAGCUGAGUGAGGAGCUGAGGAGGAGCCAGAGCCACAGCCACAACCUGGAGACACAGCUGGAGUCCUAUGCCCUCACCGACCUGCAGUCGCGUGUGGAGAAGGCGGAGUCGGAGCUGAAGGCGCGCAGUGACCAGGUGGGGGCGCUGCAGGCUGAGCUGGGGCAGGCGGAGCAGGAGAGGGCCCAGCUGCAGGACCACAUCUCCUCCAUACAGACCCUGCUGGAGGCGGGGCAGAGCCAGGGGGCGGAGCAGGAGGCGGAGCACCUCGCCCAGGUGGCGAAAUCUGCAGAGGAGGUGGAGCUUAUGAAGGCCAGGCUGGUGGAGAAAGAGCAGCAGAUGACAUCACUGGCGGAGGAGCUUAAACAGCUGAAGGAGGCGGAGCUACUGAAGAACACAAACGCUGACGCGCACAGCCUGGAGGUGGAGUCACUGCAGAACGGUCUGCCGGAGAAAAUGGAGCAGGUGGCGAAAUCUGCAGAGGAGGUGGAGCUUAUGAAGGCCAGGCUGGUGGAGAAAGAGCAGCAGAUGACAUCACUGGAGGAGGAGCUUAAACAGCUGAAGGAGGCGGAGCUACUGAAGAACACAAACGCUCUCCCUGGUGCCACCGCAGAGACUGAGCAGCUGCAGAACAGCCUGUUGGAACGGGAGCAGCAGGUUUCGUUGCUGGAGGCGGAGCUUAAACAGAUAAAAGAGGAGACAUGCCGGGUAGAGGAAGCGGAUACUCCUGACCUGAGCGUGGAGAAUGAGGAGCUGCAGAACAGUGUAAAGGAGAAGGACGGUCAGCUGGUGUCCCUGGUGGCAGAGCUGAACCUGCUGAGGGAGGAGGUGGAACAGCUGAAGAACACAGACACUCAGGCUGACCUCGCUGAGCAGCACAGAACAGAGACUGAGCAGCUACAGAGCAGUCUCCUGCAGAAGGAGGACCAGAUGACCUCACUGGGGGAGGAGCUUAAGCAGCUCAAAGAGGAGAUGGAACUGCUGAAGAGUGUUGAUGCGCCUGUCGACACCGCAGAGACCGAGCGACUCCAGGACAGCCUCCAGGAGAGAGACCAGCAGCUGGGCGCUCAGGAGCAGGAGCUGCAGCGUCUGAGACAAGAGCUGGAGCAGGUGAAGAACAAGAGCAACGAGCUGCGGGAGAAGAACUGGGCGGCGCUGGAGGCAGUGAGCGCGGCCGAGAGGCUGAGUGAGGAGCGGCUGAGUUCAGCUCGCAGCGCACAGGAGGCCGUAUCGCUCCAGCUGUCUGAGUUCCAGGCUGAGGCCCGGACAGCCCUACAGAGCCUCUUCCCCCAGCUCGCCAUGGAGACCACACAGAGUGAUUGGCUGCAGGAGUUCACUCUGAAAGCCCAGGAGAUCGCCAGUGAGCAGAGCCAGUAUUCCACUCAGGCAGCGAUCCUGCAGGAGAAGCUGGCCGAGGCAGAGGAAGCACAGCGUGUGGCCCAGACAGAGUGUGACCAGUACAGGAGCGUGCUGGGAGAGACCGAGGGCAUGCUGAAGGAGCUGCAGAGAGGAGUGGAGGAGGAGGAGGAGGUGUGGAGGACCAAAGUCGCCCAGACAGAGGAGCAGCUCAAAGUGGCUGCGCUGCAGGUAAAGGUUCUAGAGCAGGCUCUGGAAGCGACCAAUGAGGAGAGCCAGCACUCUGAGCAGCUGAAGGAGCAGGUGUUGCUGCUGGAGGCACAGCUGGAGAAACAUCAGGAGUCUGCCGUGAUCAGCCAGAGUUACGCGGAGGAGGCUACACAGCUGAAGGAUCUCCUCUCCGAGUCUCAGGUGCAGCUUGCUGCCGCUCAGUCUGAGGCCCAGAAACAGAGGGAGGAGCUAGCCCAGGUGAGGCAGCACCUGUGCGUGAUGAGGGAGUGCGCUCUGAGGGAAGACUCCGCCCACACGGCUAACGGACAGCCCGGCCAGGUGCAGCUGCAGCUGGGACAGACGCAGGGGGAUCUGCAGAACGAGCAGACGCUACGGCAGCAGCUGUUCCAGGAGUGUGAGCAGGCGCAGAGGUCUGUGUGUGACCUGCAGGUGCAGCUGGAUCGGCUCAAGACUGCACCUUCCGCUGACACAGAACUCAAGGAGCGGCUGGAGAAGGAGAAGAGGCUGACGAAGGACCUGGGCCAGGCCGCCACCAAACUGCAGCAGCUGCUGAGGACCACCCAGGACCAGCUCUCCAAGGAGCAGAGCACCGUCAGAGCCCUGCAGGAGCAGCUACAGGGGAAGGGUAAUGCGGAGGAUCUGAAGGAAGGAACAUCUGUUUGAAACUGAAGAAACAAAACAAAAAAAAUACCUGCCAAAAAUGCCUUAAAGUUAUGCAUUCUGUCCUGUCCUCUCUGUUGUACGGUAGUUUACAAUGAAACCUUUAAAUAAUAAAACUGUGAUAAGAGUUAAGAACAUUUCAUUGAGAAGAGGGUCAACAGAGCUACGUACAAAACCUUUUUUAUUUUUGUUAUUGUUAUUUUUGUUGUUUGUUGGAAUACAUUCCAUCCGGGCGAUUCUGGCCAUGUCAAACUCUGCCCUGCCUUACAUUCCCAGAAUUCACCACGGUGCAGUGUUAACAAGAAGGGAAACGUUGUGCGUGCAACGCGCAUCGAUUUGUGCAAUUCCGUUUUUUAUGUGUCGUUUGUGUGCGGUUGAAACGGGGAGGAACACUUCAUGGUACACGAACGGGAUGCGGGUGAAGCCGACCGCGUUCCGGAGCUGACUGCCAAAUACAAGUGUGAAUUUGAUAAAGAAUAAACUACAAUGUAGCUGA